UCUCAAUCCAACCAGAGAAAACAGAGAUGGACUGGAUGCAAACUGGUCUCCUCAUCUUAAAACCACUGGAGCAUCAUCAAAACAGGGAUGAUUUGGAAGUUUGUCUUGUCCAUUUUUCUGAUGGCAGCGCUGGUUCGAGUAACAGACACCAGGAAGAACCGUCCUGCAGGUGCCAUUCCCUCGCCUUACAAAGACAGCACCAGCAACCACUCGGAGCGGAGGCAGCAGCUGAAUAAGGAGGUGCUGGCCUCCAGCCAGGAGGCCCUGGUGGUCACCGAAAGGAAGUACCUCAAGAGCGACUGGUGCAAGACGCAGCCCCUGCGGCAGACUGUCAGCGAGGAGGGCUGCAUUAGCCGCACCAUCAUCAACCGCUUCUGCUAUGGGCAGUGCAACUCCUUCUACAUCCCACGGCACGUCAAAAAGGAGGAGGAGUCCUUCCAGUCCUGUGCUUUCUGCAAGCCACACAAGGUCACCUCUUCGACUGUGCAGCUGGAUUGCCCUGAGCUGGACCCACCUUUCCGACUCAAGAAAAUUCAGAAGGUCAAGCAGUGCCGGUGCAUGUCUGUGAAUCUCAACAACUCAGGCAAACUGUGAGAGCAGGCGUGUUGCAUCUGCUUGGUGUUGCCUCCAUCAGAUUUACUGCUGCCUCUCUGCUCCCACUGAGCAGACUGUCCAUUUAGUUGGUUUUCUUUUCCUCCUUUUCUUUUUUUUUUUUU